GUGUCAUGCAUACACUAGCUCGUCAUGCGACGACCAUCCUCACUCUAGCCUUGGCUGUACUGCUACAUCUCGUGAUAGACGGGCGCCUAGAAUGCAUAUUCGGUCGUGGUGUAGCUGCGCUUCGCAUUUCGUACUCGCACAAUGCGCCUCGCUCUCUAUAGAGUCACGUC